CCCAGUCUGCCCCGCGCUUCCUGCACUCAGGCCGGCGCCGCCGCGUCCCCUCCGGCCGGCUCGCUCACCCUGCUGGUGCCAUGGCGGCCUUCAGCAAGUACUUGACGGCGCGAAACUCCUCGCUGGCGGGGGCCGCGUUCUUGCUGCUCUGCUUGCUCCACAGGCGGCGCCGCGCCCUCGGCCUGCACGGUAAGAAAAGUGGGAAGCCACCAUUACAGAAUCAUGAGAAAGAAGGAAGAAAAGAGCGAGCUGUUGUGGACAGGGUGUUUUUAUCAAGGCUCUCACGGAUUCUGAAAAUUAUGGUUCCUAGAACAUUUUGCAAAGAGACAGGUUAUUUGAUACUUAUUGCUGUUAUGCUGGUGUCUCGAACCUAUUGUGAUGUUUGGAUGAUUCAAAAUGGGACACUGAUCGAAAGUGGUAUCAUUGGUCGUAGCAGGAAAGAAUUCAAGAGAUACUUAUUCAACUUCAUCGCUGCCAUGCCUCUUAUCUCUUUGGUUAAUAACUUCUUAAAGUAUGGGUUAAAUGAACUGAAACUAUGCUUUCGAGUACGACUCACUAAAUACCUCUAUGAGGAGUAUCUCCAAGCUUUCACGUAUUACAAAAUGGGAAAUCUGGACAACAGAAUAGCUAAUCCAGACCAGCUGCUCACACAGGAUGUUGAAAAAUUUUGUAACAGUGUAGUUGAUCUAUAUUCAAAUCUUAGUAAGCCAUUUCUAGACAUAGUUUUAUAUAUCUUCAAGCUAACAAGCGCAAUUGGAGCACAAGGCCCAGCGAGCAUGAUGGCCUACUUGCUUGUGUCUGGACUGUUCCUAACUCGACUUAGAAGACCUAUUGGUAAGAUGACAGUAACUGAGCAAAAGUACGAAGGUGAAUAUAGAUACGUUAAUUCCCGGCUCAUCACAAACAGUGAAGAAAUUGCCUUUUACAAUGGAAAUAAAAGAGAAAAGCAGACAAUCUACUCAGUGUUUCGAAAACUGGUGGAGCAUUUACAUAAUUUCAUUUUGUUCCGGUUCUCCAUGGGUUUCAUUGAUAGUAUAAUUGCCAAAUACCUGGCAACUGUGGUUGGUUAUCUAGUUGUCAGCCGCCCUUUCCUCGACUUGUCUCAUCCUCGACAUCUCAAGAGCACACAUUCAGAACUUCUGGAGGAUUACUACCAAAGUGGAAGAAUGCUUUUGCGAAUGUCCCAAGCUCUGGGUCGAAUAGUUUUGGCUGGGCGUGAAAUGACUAGAUUGGCUGGUUUUACUGCUCGAAUUACGGAACUAAUGCAGGUAUUAAAGGAUUUAAAUCAAGGCAAAUAUGAACGUACAAUGAUCUCACAAGAAAAGGGUAUCGAAGAAGCACAGAUGAGCCCCUUGAUUCCUGGUGCUGGAGAGAUCAUCAAUGCAGAUAACAUUAUAAGGUUUGAUCAUGUUCCUUUGGCAACACCAAAUGGAGACAUUUUGAUCAGAGAUCUUAAUUUUGAAGUUCGAUCUGGGGCCAAUGUUCUGAUUUGUGGUCCAAAUGGCUGUGGGAAAAGCUCACUUUUCCGUGUUCUUGGUGAACUGUGGCCUCUCUUUGGAGGACGUCUAACCAAGCCUGAAAGAGGAAAGUUAUUUUAUGUUCCUCAGAGACCUUAUAUGACCCUUGGGACACUUCGAGACCAAGUGAUCUAUCCUGAUGGAAAAGAAGAUCAGAAAAAGAAGGGGAUAUCUGACCAGGUACUGAAGGAAUACUUAGACAAUGUCCAGUUGGGUCAUAUCCUUGAACGUGAAGGAGGUUGGGAUAGUGUCCAGGAUUGGAUGGAUGUACUCAGUGGUGGAGAAAAGCAAAGAAUGGCGAUGGCAAGAUUGUUUUACCACAAGCCCCAGUUUGCCAUUUUGGAUGAAUGCACCAGUGCAGUUAGUGUGGAUGUGGAAGGAUACAUUUACAGUCACUGUCGGAAGGUUGGCAUCACUCUCUUCACUGUAUCACACAGAAAAUCUCUUUGGAAACACCAUGAGUACUACCUGCAUAUGGAUGGCAGAGGCAAUUAUGAAUUCAAACAGAUAACAGAAGAUACAGUUGAAUUUGGCUCUUAAAGAAAUUUGGAGAACUGAACCUGCUUCAAUUAAAUAAUUACAAAAUACACUUAAAAAUGCAAAGUACCUUGUAAAAUAAAAGUGAGCUUGUUUUUUUAAACAAAGAAACAAAUUAGGUAUGGAAUAAUGGAGAACAAGUUGUUAAAACAUUUAAUAUUAUGUAGGAUAUUGCUAAUUGUGUAUAUGUUGGUUUAAUUAUUAAUAUGUACUAAGAAUGUCCUUAUUCUUGUGGUUAAAAACCUGCCUAAAUUAAAUUGGGCUUAAAUCAGUAUAACCUGAUUCAUCCUGGGAUGUAAACCAUUUGAAGUCAGCUAAUUUGACUUUAAUGCCUCUAUCUUUUCCUUCAAUGAAGAACCCUAUUUAAAACUGGGGUCAUCACCUGUCCUGUUCUAAUCCAACAAGUAGUGUUUCCAUUUUCGUUUUCUUUGCCCAUGGUAGUGGGAACCAAACAAAUCAUAAUGUAUUAUUAAUAUGUAACAUCAUUACUUAAUAGCAUUUAUCACACGACUGGCAGAUUUCUUCAGCUGCUGGUUAGCUCAUUCCUUGUGCAUGCCGUGGGGUGCAUUUGACUCCAGGAAAGCCAUGUGGAUUUUCUUUAGGUAAUAGGUGUGCCCCUCUCAGUCUGCGGGAUUGUGUUGUUUGAAGGGUUUUUGGGUGAUACAACAAAAAUGUAUAUGCAAUCUUGCUUACAAGGGGUGGUUCCUAUGUGUCACGCCUAACCAUCCCAAUGUUUGGGAUUUUAAAACGCAAAGUCUUUACUUGUCAAGCUCAUGGUCUUAUAUGAGUUUUGGAUUUUGAAAGAAUUGGACAGAAGUAUGUGUGCUAGAAGCCCAUUCAUUAGAAGCGUGGUGGUUGAAUGAUGGUGUCAAACUCCAGAUGAGCCAUGGAAUGCACUGCGGGAAGUAAUGCACUGAGUAUGCAAUACAGUCACUGUCUCUGACUGUGAUUUAUGCUUAGAAAUAUGUUAUAAAAUAAUUAUGCACAUGAAUGAAUUAUGUUUUUGGGGCACUUGCUUACCUCUGUGAAUAGUGAGUAACUUUUUGUACUUGGGUUAUAAUGAUGAACUAUUCCAAGAGAAACCGAUUGCGGCUCAGCAGACCACCAGUCACAACUGCAUGUAUUUGCACAGAGAAAGCUGAAACAGUAUGAUCAGUAAGCUAGGUGUGAUAUCAGUUGUUUUUAAACUGAGGCUCAGUAAGAGGCAUUUUAUGUUCUUGUCUCUGUAUAACUGGUUUUUUGUUUUUAGCAAAAUUAACAAUAAUAAUUACUGGCUACCAGAAUAAACUUGACGUACUGAUUCCAUAAAAUGUAACAUUCAGUUUUUACCACUUCUCCUCUGUAAACUUGUAUACUUAAUUUCUGUUCAGAUUGAAAACAAUCAGAUAAUGAAUACAAACUGCUGGUUUUUCUUCCCUAAUAUCUGAGUACUGAAUUGUUCAUACAUGGUUCAAACAGUUUUGACUUGAAAAGCCAAAUAAAUUAACAUUCAGAAAGC